GUAUUACUUGUUCAAUUUCACUAUUUUGUCAUUACCAACCAUAUAUAUAUUCUGCACACAGCCGGGUAUUAUCAAAAGAGCCACCCUUUUUCCACGACUAUACUACUAAUACUACAAAAGAAACCGCUUCACUCCUCUCAACUUCACAAAAAUAUCUCCUCCUCCGCCAUGAGCUCCCCCCAAUCCAUAACCCUAACAUCUCUCCUCCUCCUCGCUCUCCUCCUUCCAAAGGUUUCCGCCGACUGUGGCGCCCAGGACGACGACCAAUCAGCGCGCCGCGACCAGGCCGCCGCGCUCAGGUACAAGCUCGCCGCAAUCGCUUCCAUCCUCUGCGCCGGCGCGAUCGGCGUCAGCCUCCCGAUCCUCGGCCGCCGAUUCGCCGUGCUCCGGCCGGAAAACGACGUCUUCUUCAUGAUCAAGGCCUUCGCGGCCGGCGUGAUCCUCGCCACCGGCUUCGUCCACAUCCUCCCCGACGCAUUCCGCAAGCUCUCCUCCCCCUGCCUCGGCCUCAACCCGUGGGGAGAGUUCCCCUUCGCCGGAUUCGUCGCGAUGAUGGCGGCGAUCGGCACGCUCGCCAUAGACACCCUCGCCACCAGCUUCUACAGUCGCUCGCAGAAAUCGAAGCUCGCGACCGUCGUCGUCGUCGACGACGACGAGGAGACGGCGAAUUCCGGCGACGUCCACGUGCACACGCAUUCGAUGCACGGCCACGCGCACGGAUCGGGCGCGUCAGAUCUAGUCCGGCAGCGCAUAGUAUCACAGGUUCUGGAGGUAGGGGUGGUGGUGCACUCGGUGAUAAUCGGAGUGUCGCUGGGGGCGUCGGAGAGCGCGGCGACGGUAAAGCCGCUGCUGGCGGCGCUGUCGUUCCACCAGUUCUUCGAAGGGAUAGGGCUCGGCGGUUGCAUUUCUCAGGCGAAAUUCAAGUCGGCAACGACGGCGAUUAUGAUGAUGUUCUUCUCGGUGACGACGCCGAUAGGGAUCGGAGCGGGGAUUGGGAUAGCGAGUGUUUAUGAAGAGAACAGCCGAAGCGCUCUGAUAGUGGAGGGGAUAUUGAAUUCGGCGUCGGCGGGGAUACUGGUGUACAUGGCGCUGGUGGAUUUGUUAGCGGCGGAUUUUAUGAACCCUAGGAUGCAGAGUAAUGUUAGGCUGCAGUUGGGAUCACACAUUUCGCUUCUACUUGGUGCUGGUUGUAUGUCUUUUUUGGCUAGAUGGGUUUGAUUCAUAACACCAUCAUUCUACUA